AUGUUAAAUCUACGUGACAGAAUAAAAGGUAAAAAUGAAAACAAAGAAUAUACAAGAACACGUAUUGAAGUACGAGAUAGGUUAUUGGCUGGAGAGAUGAAUGAUUUGCAGCAAGCUCUUGCCAAAAUGCCAUCAUGCAGCUUAUCAUUUCCAAAUAAUAAUAAUUAUGAAAUGAGUUUGAUUAUAACACCAAAAGAGGGUAUGUACUAUGGUGGUACAUUUGAAUUUGAAAUUACGGUCCCUAUGGAAUAUAACAAUGUCCCUCCAAUUGUAAAAUGUAAAACACGUAUAUGGCAUCCAAAUAUUAACGAACAAGGAGCAAUUUGUUUGUCUGUAUUACGGCCAAAUUCAUUAGAUGGUCAUGGAUGGAUGCCUACACGAAGGCUUAUUGACGUUAUCCACGGACUAGACGCUUUAUUUGGAGAUUUAAUUGAUUUUGACGAUCCAUUAAAUAUUGAAGCUGCGACACAAUACCAGAAAAACAUUGGACUUUUUAAAACAAAAGUUCAAGAUUAUAUUUAUCGUUAUGCAUUUGUUACUUCUACACAUUGGAGAGAUAUACCUACAGUUGAUAAAGAAUGGCAUGAGAGACAUGAUAAUAUGAAAAAAUUAUCAUUAGGUGGAGGUUAUGAAUGGAUUGCAUCUGUACAAAAAAAUGCUGUUGAUGUGGAUGCUGCUGCUUGUGGAGCUGAGGAAAAGGAUCAAAUUGAUGAUAUAUUACAAUUAGUUUAUAAAUUACGUCAUACAGAUAAUGCAUCAGAUUUUUUACCUUCAACUGAGUAUGCUGUUUUACGUUUACUAUUAAAACAUGAUCAAAUAUCUGAUUUAUUUAAAAUUUUAAAUGAUCCUUUAAAUUAUGGAGUUUUUCUUAAUGAACAUAUUGCCUGUCUAGCUAUUAAUCGUUUUAUUGAUAACAAAGAAUAUAGUUCAGCAGCAAGAAUUGCAACUAUUGUUAUGCAACAAGAAAUGUUUGAUUCACAACUUCUCAAUAAGUUGUCAAUUUUUUCAUUAAUUAAAUUUGUUGAAUUACCAACUGAAGAAAGAAAAAUGGGUCCAGAAUUGUUAGCUGUUAGUGAACCUUUUGAAGAGGAUGAUGAAUCUCCCACUUUCCGGUAUCCAUAUUUAAAGAACAAUUGGAAUGAUGGUCAUUUUGACAUUAAUGAUAGUGAUUUAUUAGUUUCAAAAAGCUUAGAAUGGUUUAGUAAAGUUGUAGAAUACAAAGAUCCAAAAAUGAAAGAGUCAUUAGAACUUAUUAGCUAUGCUAUUGGAAAGAAAUAUGAAAAAUUAGAAGAAUUUUUAAAAAAAGAUACACUAAAUUCUAUUAAAGAAUCAGCUUUGAAUAUUGUAAGAACUAUUUGUAAAGAAACUUUACAAAGUUUAGGAGAAGAAGAUGUUGAUGUAAAGAAAAAAGAUAUACUAACUGGGUUAAUUUCAAAAAUUGGCGAUGGCAUUUCUGAAGGUGACUUAUUAAGUGAUGAAUUAAUGAAUGAUUUUAAAGUAAUACAAAAAGAAGAAGAGACAAAAUUAAGUUCGAUGCAAAAGGAUUACUAUAAUGCAUGGAAUAAACGUCGUGAAGAACUUUUAAAGAGUCAAGCAGAAAGAUUAAAAUUACAACUUAGACUUGAAGAAAUUAGUACAAGUAGAAAAGAGUUAAGUUAUGAGAAAGAACUUUUGUUCUUCUUUGAAAACCGAACAAAAUGGGAGCUUAAAGCUGCAGAGAAGACAAAAUUACUUGAAGAAAUGAAAGCGUCAUCAUAA